AUGGAGCAGUCGCAGUCUGCGGCGUUUCUACUGAGCUUGGCUUUGUUGUAUAUCUCCAUUACGCUGACUUUGGGCCGACCUCCUGUCCGUCGGGUUUUAAAGGUGGCCUGGCAGGCAUUUUUCAACGAGUCGUUCCGUUCCGAAGAGCUCUUUCAGCGGCUCCAUGACCAGUGGGUCGACCUGUGGAAAGGGUGGGCUGCGAUCUUCGCCACUCUCACAGAGUGCUAUGCCGUGCUGGUCCUCUGCCUUCGUCUCGGCGGCGAAGAGUCGGAGAAGCCACCGUGGCAGGACUUACAUAUCUGGUUUGUACUUAUCUCGUUGCUGGCGCUGAGCUGUUCCUGCAGCCCCACAGCGCGGAUGGAUGCCAUGGAGUCCCGGAAGUUCACGAUCAUUGUGAAUGUAGCCUCCGUACUGACCCGAGCUGACACGCCCAAGCAACUGCUGCCGACCAACACCGUAGCUUCCAUGAUGAUGAGCUUCAUUGCUGCAGAGCCCGUUUUCUCCGUCUGGGUGCGGGUUGCCCUGAUUCCAGUGUCCGUCGCCAUCGAUUGGUCGCAGGAGGCUGUUGGCGCGGGCAGCAAGGAGCUGGCGCUGAUUGUAGCGAAUGAGCUGAUUUCCAGCUUGUUUAUCUCCUGCAUGCUCCUGCAAGCCGACUUCCUCAUGCGGAAGCGCGAAGCUGCGGCCAUCGACCUCGAGGCUCAGAUGAAGAAGAGCUCUGACGAUGCCAAGGAGAUUCAGCAGAUUUUGGCUGCUGCUCGUCGGCUGCUGUCUGUCACUUGCGACUGCUGCGAGCAGCUGAGCAACAAUUGGGAUCUGCUGAAUCCGACCAGGAGGGCCAUGGAAUUGCCCCGCCGGCUGCAAUUCAGAGAGCUACGGCUGAUGAUCUAA